AUGAUAAUUUCUUUGAGACCUUUCUGUGCCAUUUCUAUUUUUCUCUCUAGUCUUUCUAACCAUAACUCUUCUUUCACUUCCUUCUCAUCUUUUUAUUACUAUCUCUGUUCCUCUCUUUAUCGCUAUUCUUUCCCACUGUAUCCUUUCUUUUACUUCCUUUUCAUUUCUUUCAUCACUCCCUCUCUGUUCUUUUUUUUAUCUCUUUUCUUCCAAAUCUUAUCCUUUCUUUUACUUCCUUCUUAUCUCUUAUCACUGUUUCUCUCUCUUCUUUCACUUCCUUUUCAUCUUUUAUUACUCUCUCUUUUUCGCUUUAUACUUUCCAACCUUAUCCUCCCCUUCACUUCCUUUUCAUCUCUUAUUUCACACUCCCAGACCCUCUCUCUUUUUUCUGUAUUCUUUCCCAUAAUUACGCUCCUUUUCAUUUUCCCUCUUUUUCUCUUUUCUAUCAUCACUCAUUUUCUUUUUAUCAGUCUUUCUCUUCGUUAUCCCAAAUUUCUAUUUCUUUCCACUCUCUUUCUUGACUUUCUGUCUCUCUAUUUCAUCAUAUUAUUAUUUUUAUUUCUCAUAACUUCUGCUUUAUUCUUCUUUUUCUCUCCCUUUGUGUCACUUUAUUUCUUCAGAUUCUGUCUUCAUUUCUUCUUUAUCUUUCUUACCCUGUUUUCUUAUGUCUCUUUAUCUCUUUCUCUUUACUUUUUCUUUUCAUACUUUCAUUUUCUCUUCUACAAAUGUUACACUAAAUUUUCUAUUUUCUUUCCAUUUUUUUAUUUUUCUCAUCUUUUUUUCCCCCCAUUUUCAUCCUUACCAUUGCUUAUGAUUUUUUUUUUCACUCUUAGCAGCUACAUGUCUAGUGACACAUUAUUAAAAAAAAAAAGUUUACCAAGAAAUGUAGUUACCUUUUCAUAUCUGUCUAUCUAUGCAUCUCUCAUAUUCUUUUCAUAUCUAUCUUUUCAUAUCUAUCUCUUUCUUUUCAUACGUAGAUGUUUCUUUUGUUUGUUUCUUAAUGAGUGA